AUGCAGUUUCUCAGGAAUCGUUCCAAUUUCCCUCGUGAUACUCCGCCUGACUCGAGUAUCUUGAACUCUGAUGCAAAUCAAGACACCAGAGGAACUUGGCCAAAACAAGGCGGGAACUAUCCCUCCACAAGUACAGGUGUACCACAGCUCUCGCCUCCUGUAUCAACUGAAGAUCCACUGGCCACUUUUCUCCUUGGAAUCGCUGAUUUUGGAACUAAGCUGUUUGUCACUCAUCCCUGCACCGUUUUACGCAGACAAUGUCAGGUGCACCAGCAUGCAAGAUCUCUGCAUUUAACCCCCGUCACUCUUGUACCGGUCAUUUGUAAUAUUGUAUCAAAAGAGGGCUUGUUGACAUUAUGGAAAGGAUCAUUGGGAUCUGCAGUUGUGUGGGGUCUUUCCAGCGUAACAGAAAUUCUAAUAGCCGAUCUUUUCGGUUUGCCUAGGCAGUAUGUACGGAAUGGAAGUAGUGAGAAGUAUUGGCGAUUCAUAAUGCUGAAAGCAGCCACUUUUUUCACAAUGACGCCUUUCUUAAUUUCUUCUUUCACAGAGACUGUUCGGAGCGAGUCAGGGCUUGGUGGAGAUGAUAACAGAGUGUUUGAUGUUCUUGUAAAAGGACUAGAUCGCCUACGGUUUGCCGCCGUGUUCAAUGCCAGAGAUGCAUCCAAAAGAUUUUCUGUACUUCAUCUCGCCAUUCCAACAGUGACGUUUAAAACAUCACAUUUCAUCAUCGAGAGCGCAUUACAUCAUCAGUUCUACAUAAUGGCCAAGAGAUAUAUUGCCCGCAAACCCGAGGCCGAGAAGUCGAAGUUCCACCAAUAUCUACCUAUUUUAUUUGCUCGAUUGUCCUCAUCUGUCCUCACUGAUCUCAUUCUUUUUCCCGCGGAAACCAUUUUGCAUAGGAUGUACAUUCAAGGUACUCGAACUCUUAUUGAUAACCUCGAUACUGGUCUAUCGGCUGUGUCAAUACCGGUCAAAUACAACGGAUUCUUUGAUUGUCUCCGAUCAACAGUUGAAAGUGAAGGUUUUUGGGCUUUAUACAGCGGUAUUGGCGCGUUAGGAAUGCAAUACAUCCUUCAUUCUCUUCUUCAACAGUUAAUACGAGCUCUUUUUGAUCAAGGCUCGGAGGUGUUACGUAAAGCUACAGCUGAUCAUCAAUUUGUAUCUACUCCUCCUCUUUCAACAAACACUAGUUUCACAGGUCCUCUUAGCUCCGGGCUCGGGUCUUCUGCACCUCUUUCAGGCCCGUUCGCUCAACAACUUUCGCCAAUUACUAGCCCCAGGAAAUCGCAUGUGCUCUCCCCUCCAAGGGACCCAACACAAUUUCCUACUUUUGGUGAAUCACUAGCUACACUUGAUGCUGCUUACCCACCAUACACAAAUAGACAAAAUGUUUUCGGAAGCCCUACCCGAAGUACAGACUUAUCGAGCCCGUUGCCUCCAAUGCAUAACGAUCGACUCAGUGAUCCUUUUAGUGGAUAA